AGAGACAAAAUUUGAAAGACGCUGUAGAGUGUCAACUUAACUUUUAACAUUUUAAAAAUAUUUUAUAAGUGUAAAGGAUAAAUAAAGUCUACAAGUUAUUCUAAUGGAUAGCAAACAAUGGAGCUAACUCAAAAACUCGAGUGUACACAAGAAAUAUGUGCGAAUAACUAUGAAAAAGAAUUUCCUGAACAGAUUGGCUUUUUGGGUAUUUGUGGUGUUAAGUACCCUUUGAAGAAAGGACCAAAUAAGAUAGGCAGAGAUCCCGAUACGUGCAAUAUUGUCCUUAAUUUAAAUUCUAUAUCGAGGCAACAUGCGGUAAUCAACAUUUUAAACAGUUAUGACUUCAUGCUGAUGGAUUUAGAUUCUGCAAACAAAACGAAACUAGCAGAUAAAACAUUACAAGCAUAUAUUCCGCACCCAAUUAAAAAUGGAGAUAUGGUACAAUUUGGCCAGGUGUUUGGUGUGUUCCGAUUAUUUGAGGAAGACAAUGAUCUACCCAUGACCCAAGCACUGGAUGUACCAGAAACUCCUGUGAGGAACCAGGCGGUUUAUAAAGUUAAUAACCUGAUAACUACAAUUCCAGAAUCUCCAGAUGUCAGUGAUAGGGAUGACUCCUUCAUUGUGGCCUCACAACCCAAACCAAAUAAUGUAUUCAAAAGUCCAAAGACCAACUUCAUAAAAUCAUCUGGGAAAACAGUACAUAUAAAGCCUGUUGGUUUCAAUAAAAUAGAUAACGCCUAUUGGAGUUCAUCUAAAAAGUCUGAUUCAUUCAGCUUAGAAAGUGAUACAUCUAGAAAUGAUUCAGAUGUUUGUUUGAAAACUUCUGAAAUUAAUCAAAAUAUUCAUGAACAAGACACCCAAUGUACUGGUUACAAUAAAACAGACAAUUCCAUUUAUGAAGCAGAAACACAAAUAGACAAUGUUCAAAAAUCUGUUCAUAACUUGGAAACACAACUACUUGGAAUCAAUAAUUUGCCAGAAGUAUUCAAAAUACAAGGUCAAGAAAAUAUCAACUUAGAUUUGUCUACAGAGAACAAAGAAAAUGAGGAUGUGUAUCAGUCUGACAAAGAGGUUUUAUUACAUAAAGCAAUGGGUAGUGCUGUCAGAGAUAAUGAAAGUUGCAACAACAAAGAUAUAUCUGAUGAUAUAAUAUUAUUUGAUGAGAUUGAUAGUCCAGUAGGUGAAGAUAACAUUGAAUCACAACAACUUCUCAUACCUGAAUUAGAAACGGAACAUGUUGAAAUAGUAGGAGACAGUGAAAAGCCUUCAAACAAGGAGGAGGAGCCAUCAAAAAGAAGAGAUUCUGGAAGCUCCACAGAUUGUGAGGAUAUUUAUUUCGCGCUAACACAGAAUUUACCAGAAAAACGAAUUGAAGAUGAUGAAACCGACUGUGAAGAUGAUCCUGAAAUAAUUGUUAAAGUAAAUAAAGAACAAAAAACAGUGGAAGACUCUAACUUGGACGCCGAUCUAACAGACUGUGAAGAUGAUAUUGAAAGCAAAGCCCAAAAAGAUCCCGGCUUAGAGGAUUUAGCUACGCAAAUUGUAGAAGAUGUUAGCCAUUGCAAAAUAAACUCUUCGAAAACGACAUCAGAUGACCAACAGGGUCCAAAUGAAAUAGACCUGGAAGAUAUGCCCACACAGAUAAUUAGUUACGAACCGCAGAAUAUUUACUCUGAAGAAGUUGUCACUCCGUUUAAAGUUCCCGCUAUAUCUCCUAUGAAACGUAAGAGAAAAGAACAGGAGCCAAAAGCACUCACAAUUAUUAAUAAUAAAAAUAUAACUGCCAACAUAGAGAAUGACGAUGAGGAAAAUUAUUAUGACGCAACGCAAAAAUUAUGGGACGAUUUAUGUACUCAAAGGGAAUCAUCCCCCACAUUAACUUGUGGAGCCAAUAAGGAUGCAUUAGAAACACAAAUUAAUAAAAACAUUAAUAUUAAUCCACCCGAUUGUCAACCAGAGACAUAUGAUAUUGAUGAAAAAAUUGAUAGAUUUGUAAUGAAUUUGACUAAUACGGAGAAAACUUCAAUGGUCGGUGCGAAAACAGGCGUGGAAUCCAAGAAGUCAUCUAGUGAUAGCUCUGAUGUUGAAACAACACCGAGGAAGUUAAAUCCUCUUUCCUUUCUAAAUACCGAGCUACCCAACACACAAGAAAUAAAGUUGUAUGUAAAGGCAACCGGUGAUACCUCACCGGAAACCUCUUUUGACUUAGAUACAGAUGGCUCAGAUUGUGAACGACAUAGAAAGAAAAGAAAUACAAAGAAUAAAAUUGUUAAAAGAUCAAAUCUGAUCACAAGGUUAGAGUCUGAGAAAUCACCUGAAAGAAUAAUAAAUCCCGUGAGACAACCUGAGAAUAAAAUCAAGCACUCUAAAGACAUCGAUAACAAAAAACCAAAGAGAAAUACUGGAUCUGACUUGUUAGGAAAUGAAAAUAAUAACGACGGAAAACUAGUCACAGCUAACACAUCAGAAGUUAAAGAAAAAUCGACAAGAAGCACGAGAAGUUCAGAUAUUAUUGACAGAAAGGACAGUAAAGAAUUGAAUAAAAGCAAAGCAAGUUGUAAAAAUACAAAGGAAAGCAAAGCAAAAGGAAUAACAGAUAGCAAAGAAACUGCGAGAAGGGGACGCAAAAAUAAUAUUACUAUAGAAAAACAAAACAGCAUCGUCAAAAAAACCACUGAGGGCGACAUUAAAAAUAAUGUCACAGUUACGGACAGAGAACAGGCAAAAGAAAAAAAGAGUAAUAAAAAAUCCACAGACAGUAGUGACAAAGAAAAACGUAACAGCAGUAGAAGUGUGAGUAAACAAACAAAAUCAGAUAAUAACGAGCCCAAACUCCCACAAGCGAAAGGAGACUCAAACAGAAGUAGUCGCAGCAAAAGCAGGCGAAAAGAAACUAAUACGAUCGACAAAUUUCUAUGUCCCACUCCUGUUAUUGAAGCUCAGAAGAAAACUGUUAGCAAAAGUAGAAGUACAGAAAAAGAAAUCAACAACACAGAGCAGGAAAACAAUGGAAAAGAUAGAGGAAACAGAAGAAAAGAUAGCAAAAGUACAGACAACACAAGCAGAAAUAGUGACAAGGUAAACAAAAACAAGGAUAUAGACACUAAAGAAAAGAACAGAACGAGUGCAGAGACGAGAAAUCAAACAAGGAGUAUGGAGAAUAACAAAAAGGAAAUACCGGUGGAAUUAGAAGUUAGACGGAGCAAGAGGCAAAGAACGGCUAAAAGGAGCUUUGAGAUAGAAUCAAGGACAUCGAAAACUAAUCAUGAACAGAGCACAGUGUAUAAUAUCUCAUCAGAAUCUGGUAUUGACUCUCCCAACAAGCUAAAGAGACAGGCUAGUGAUAUCAGUUUACCAAGCUCUAAGAAGACCAAAACGUGCAACGGUUCAAAUAUCACAUUAAGGGCGACACCUGCUAGGAAGAUUAAGACGCAGUACGUACUCUUCACAGCAUUCCCAUGUGACGAGGUCAAAGUUAAAUUGGAAAAGUUGGGGGCAGUUAUUGUAACUGACAUAAUGAAAUGUACAGUAGUCCUAACUUUAGAAAUUAAAAGGACGUUUAAGUUGCUCUGUGCUGUGGGUCUUGGUAAGCCGAUAGUCGGACCUCACUGGGUACAGGCUUGUGUUGACACUAAUAUGAUUGUUGAUCCUUGGUUAUAUCUCAUCAAGGACGAGAAAACUGAGAAGCGUUUUCAGUUCAAUCUGGAGCGUAUAUUAAUUGGUAAGAGACAAUUUCUGAAAGGCUACAACGUGUCGUCAACGCCUAAUGUAAUGCCAAGCCCUCCUGAGAUGAAAUUAAUAGUGGAGUGUUCAGGCGGAACCUGGACGGCAGGCGGGAAAAAUUGGAUAUGUGUGUCCUCUAACACUGACAGAGCUCUAUGGGACGGGCUCAAGCGUAAGGGCGCCACUAUAGUGUCAACGGAAUUCGUUUUGGCGGGAGUUUUACGACAGAAAAUAGAUAUCAAUAGAAAUAUACUGUUGUGAUGUUUGUGUUAUGACUGUGGUUAAAAUGUUAUUAUAUUAUGAACAAUUGUGAAACUAUUUUAUAAAAUUGCAGUUUAAAUCGUGUUUUUGCUGUUGUAAUUGUUGAAACCGGUUUCGUAUGGUCGGAACAUAGUGUUAUAUUUUCAAGAGAUCGUUAUCGCUAAGUGGUACAAAUUUGACUGUGAAAUUAAUAUUCCUAUGAGGAAAUAAUAUAGUGGAAGUACAUCACAUAGAAAAGCUAAGUUAAUGUAAAAAUGAAUCUGCGAAUGUUGGGUGUCCGUGAAAGUCAAAUCUAAAAGUUAAGUUGUAUAUAAUAAACUUUUAUAAAACUAUCGCA